CGAAGAAGCCAAAUUUCUGUGGAAAGUAUGGGUGUUUCUUCAGCCUUCUUUUCUGCCAGGGUGAUGAAGUAAGAGAACAAGAGAAAGACUGAAAGUGCAACUAAAACCGUCUUCACAUGAUGAGAAGGUUGAGAAGGCCUCUUGUAUCUUUUGAAAACACUCACUAAUACUUGCACUAAAAGCUUGAGGUGAUCAUGGCGUCAAGCUCAGCGACAUUUUUCAGCGAGUCAAACAAGAAAGGUGAAGUAAGCGAAUUAAAGAAAAGUUUACAGUCACCAGAAGUGCAAAAAGAUGCUGCACGGUAUAAGAAAGUUAUUCAGAAGGUGAUAUCAUGCAUGACUCUGGGAAUGGAUUUAUCCUCUCUCUUCAUGGAUAUGAUUAAGGCUGGAGCUACACAUGAUCUUGUCCAGAAGAAGCUGGUGUAUCUGUACAUAUGUAGUUAUGCACAAUCUAACCCUGAACUAGCUUUGUUGACCAUGAACACCUUGCGGAAAGAUUCUCAAGACAGCAGUGCUAUGGUCAGAGGUCUUGCUCUGAGAAGCAUGUGUUCAUUAAGGUUGCCUGAUCUUGUGGAGUACAUUGUAGAGCCUCUUCUGACUGGUCUAGGAGAUAAAAGUUCUUAUGUACGCCGAUGUGCAGUCAUGGGAUGCGUGAAAUUAUACCAUCUUAUUCCUGACUUUGUUGAAGAUAAUGGAAUCAUAGACAAACUUUGCCAACUAUUGACUGACCCAGACCCUCAGGUAGUUUGCAAUGCUAUUUCAGCUUUGGAUGAAAUCCUUGCUGCUGAAGGUGGAAUGCAAGUUAAUAAAAAACUUGCUCAUUACUUGCUUAAGAGAUUAAAAUCCUUCAGUGGAUGGGGGCAGAGUUUGGUUGUGGAACUAAUGAAGCGUUAUAAACUAUGUGACACAGAUGAAAUGUUUGAAAUAAUGAACCUGCUUGAUGACCGUCUGAAGCAUCCCAACAGUGCUGUGGUGAUGGCCUGUAUUCAACUUUUUAUCCAUCUGACAAAGGAUAUGAAAGAGUUAACUGAACAUGUGUACAAGAGAAUUAAAGGUCCCCUCAUGGCAAUUGUCUCUUCAAGUAAUGCCGAGUUGGUGUAUGUGUGUCUGUGUUGCAUUGAACUUCUUCUGACUGAAAUUCCAAAAUUAUUUGAUCAAGAAUAUCGCUCCUUCUUCUCCAGGCACACCGAUCCACUCUAUAUAAAAACCAAAAAGCUUGAGAUCCUUACUACUAUUGCAUCUGACUCUAAUGUUGAAGAAGUUGUUACUGAGUUAAGUGCUCACGUUCAUGAUGUAGACAUAAACAUUUCUAAGAAAUCAAUCAAAGCUAUUGGUGAGAUCACCAUGUGUCUUCCUGAGGCAUCAGAAUACUGCAUCAGUGUAUUACUCACAUUCCUCUCCUGGGACAUUGAGUACAUUACUUCACAGACUCUAGUUGUUAUAAGAGACUUACUGCUGAAGUAUGAAAAGUCAGCCAUUGCUGUUUUGCCUGAGAUAGCAGAAUGUCUAGAAGUAGUUCAGGACUCUAAGGGAUUAUCAGCUAUCAUUUGGAUUUUAGGAGAGUAUGGAGAGUCAAUUCCUGACAGUCCAUAUAUGUUAGAACCUCUUGUGGACAAAAUUGAGUCAGAGCAAUCUGCUGAGGUGAAGUUACAGCUACUUACUGCAACAAUGAAACUGUUUUUCAAGAAACCUCCUGAAUGUCAAGAUAUGCUGGGUCGAUUACUAAAGUUCUGUGUAGAUGAGGAAACCCAUAUGGAUGUUCAUGACAGAGCUCUGUUAUACUACAGACUUCUCAAAACUAAUACAAAAGAGGCUGAAAGGGUAGUUUGUGGGUCAGAUUCCAAACCAGUCACUUAUCCAUGGAAUGUAAUUACCAACACCCAACAUUCCAAGGAUUCCCUCUUAAAAGAAUUCAACACUUUGUCAGUUAUAUAUGGGCAACCAUCUGUUCACUUCAUCAGCCAAACUAUACCUUACAUAAAGGGAAUUCCAUACACAGAGAAGGAACCAGCAGAAGAGGAAAUGCACAAUUAUAUGGAAGAAGUAGAAGCAAAAGCACCAGAUUUAUCUCCUUCUGAUCCCCAUGUUGUUGUUGGCAAUCUGUUGGGAGAAGGUGGUUUAAGUGAACAUCAUGAUGAGGAUAAAGAAAAGGAAGUGGAAAUACUUGAGUUGAAUGAUCACCCUGUUUUGACACCUGCUCAGUUUGAGCAAAAAUGGAAAACUCUUCCAGAGGGUUCCUGUUGGGAUGAACCCAUGGCUCGUGUUCCAUCCACUCCUGAGGAAUUUCAGAAACUUUUCUCCAAAAAUAAGAUUGUCCUGAUGGCCAGCAGCCCUCCAGGUCAAUCUCUACAGAGAUAUUUCUUUUAUGCACAGCAGGCUUUGGGACAAAGUUUCUUCCUGGUGGAAGCUGUCAUUGAUGUAACUAACAAGCAGCUUAAUGUUGUUACCAAAGUAGAUGAUUGGUCAUUAAUUCAACAGUUUGAUGUGUAUCUCAAGACUUGCCUGGCUGGUGAAUGGUUGAAAGCCCAAUAAGGCUAUAGAAAUGAUGUUGUCAGUGAGAACAACAUGAUUAUUAAAAAAACCUUGGAAGAGCUUUUUAAGUA